CCUCAGUUUAUUACUGGACCUUUGUGAGAGAUGCACGUUUACCAUGCAUUUAGCGGAUAAAAUAUUAAACGUUCGGUGCUUCUUCAAUCGAUAAUCGCAUAAAGCAAAAAAAAUAUAGUUAUUGUAAUUUAAAACGCAGAAAAAUAAAUAUAUUCUCUAUCAAGUGCGGAAAAAGUUUUCGGAAGAAAUGCUAAAGAAAAAAUAAGAAAAAUCUCAGAAAAUAUUCGGCAUAUGUACCUACAUCAGUGCGAAAAAAAUAUAAAACCAGUUUGUUCUCGAAGUUAUUGAAAACAAAAAAAAAAAAAAAAACAAAAAGAGUCGAGAAGAAAAAAGUCGCUUAAAAAACUAAAACGCAAACAAGUAAAGCUCUUCUUGUUUCAAAUAUUCUGCAUGCCUUGGUUUGGAGAGGCUGCAAUUGUGUCUUUUGUUUUUUUGAAGAAUGACGAUCGACUAAAGAGCAUAGCAGUUGGAAAAAGAGCCAUAGAAAGAGAAAAGAUACCAACUUUUAUUUAUUAACGAAAAAAAUCUUAAAGCAUUUCAUUUAAUUGAAGAAAUAAAUUAAGCUGAUCAAACCUAAUUAAACACGCGCACUUACACGUUGUAUCUGUCGAUUUUGACUAGUCCAGUCCGUCCCGCAACCCCCAUUUGCGGAGAGGCAAUGCUGAAUGAAUAUUCGAGACAAUAAAAAUUGUUUACAAAACGCUGUAAACAGAAGUAAAUUAAAUUGAAUUAAAUUCUGUAAUAUUGGCAAGCCACGCGCACGAACACAACUUACCGACCCUGCCAGCCAUAGGUACCUAUAGGAAAUUCGAAAUUUGGAUAAUUUUUUUAUUCAAAUUCAUCAGUCGGCGACGGCGGCCUUGACGUUUCUUAGAACAACCCAUCACAACUAGAUUUUGGGGCUUGCCGCCUGCAUCAACUAUCUAUCAAUCCAGCCACAGGGGCAGAAUUUCUUCCCUACCCUGCAGUGGUAUUUGGCUUAGCGUGAAACGUGUGAAGAAUUUAUGAAGAGUUCGUAAUUGAAAGGCCAUAAAUACUGUGCGAUUUCUAAACAAAUACCGACAGACGGACAACAUAACAACAAAUAAAAUACUCACCCACAAAUAGAUACGUGCAAAAAUCGAAAAGAAAAGGAAAGAACAAUCAUCGGCAGCAGCAACAACACAAACGCAUUCAAAUGUAAACAUUCAAUCCCAUAGAACCGGAUAAUCCAGCCGCAGAUACAAAAUUCAAAAGCAGCUACUUAAGUGUUGGCGCCUUGCUUCGCUCUCCUCCCAUAUCAUUGGCGCCUCUUCCUCACCCCCACAACAGCAACGAUAUCCAUAUCUGUACAAUACGAACCCUACAAUUUAUUUAAUUAAGAAAAGAAUUCAGGAGCAAAAAGACAACAAAAUAUCAGCUAUUUUCCAAAAACUAAAGAGAGUGAUAUCGGAGUAAACCUUGAAUUUAAUGCCUAGCUCCCCAGGAAAAUAGAAACCCAAACAAUUGCAAAAAUGUUGUAUUACAAUAAACUUGCCAAUUUUAUAAACAGUUUCUGGCCUUUACGUCGAAAAUAUACCGCCAUAGUAUCUUCAUCAAAACCACCCAUAUGCCUUUCAACACUCCUUGUGGCAUUUGCGAUGACAGUACUACUUGAUUGCAUUGCCAUGAAUCCUUCGGAGACAUCUUCCUCCAGUAUUAUGGUGAGUGCCACUCAAUCCGGCAUCUAUGUCGACAAUGGUCGCGGUCAAACCGAAAUUCAUCACGUUCUCGACGAAGACGAGAGAAUGGCAGCAGCCUAUGAUAUUCUUGAAUUUUUGGGUUUACCCGAACGCCCAAAGAGGAAACAUGGUCAUUUAUCCUUGAGGAAAUCUGCACCCCAGUUUCUUUUGGAUGUCUAUCAUCGUCUCAAGGAAGAGGAAAACGACGAUGAACCACCGGCAUCUGUUCGUUCAAAACGUGAUCUUCAAGAACAGGAAAACUUCAUAACAGAUCUCGAUAAGAGAGCAAUCGAAGAAAGUGACAUUAUAAUGACAUUUCUCAAUAAAAACCACCAUGUCGAAGAGGUGCGCCAUGAACAUGGACGUCGUUUGUGGUUUGAUGUUUCCGAUGUGGCCGAAGAUAAUUAUUUGAUGAUGGCCGAACUGCGCAUCUAUCAGAAUCCUGCGCAGGGCAAAUGGGCAACAAGUGGCCGAGAAUUCACCAUCAAUGUGUAUUCCAUAGUCAAGACAAAUGGCCACGAUGUACAAUUACAAAUUUUAUCCUCCGUUAAUACCACAGCCGAUUAUCAAGGGUGGUUGGAAUUGAAUGUCACAGAAGGUUUGAGUUCGUGGCUACAUCAACCCAAGGAAAAUAAAGGAUUAUAUGUUGGAGCACAUCCCACAAAUAAACCGGAAAGAGAAAUUAAGCUAGACGACAUUGGCUUGGUACAUCCCAAGGGUGAUGAUGAACAUCAACCGUUUAUGGUUGGAUUCUUCCGUGGACCUGAGCUGAUAAAACAAGUCAAACAUCAUAGCCGCAGGAAACGUGAUACCCAUACACGUCGCAGAAAGAAGUCCGACAUUGGUAAUCCGCUGAUGGAUGGUCCCGGUGAGGGUUCGCGCAGUUGUCAAAUGCAAACACUGUACAUUGCCUUUAAGGACCUCGGAUGGCGGGACUGGAUCAUUGCUCCGGACGGUUAUGGCGCCUAUUAUUGCAGCGGUGAAUGCAAUUUCCCGCUCAACGCCCACAUGAAUGCCACUAAUCAUGCCAUUGUUCAAACCCUGGUACACCUGUUGGAACGUAGCAAAGUGCCCAAACCCUGUUGUGCUCCAACACGACUUGGUGCGCUGCCAGUACUCUAUCAUUUGGACGAACAACAUGUCAAUUUGAAAAAAUACAAAAAUAUGAUUGUCAAGAGCUGCGGCUGCCAUUAAAUGAAAGAAUGAAUUUGCCACCGAAAAAAACUACUUUACUGAGAUUAAAUUUAAGCCAUAAUUUUUAUGUAAAAUUCUUUAGUGAUCUUUUAAUGUUUAAUUUUACUUAAAAGAAGUAUUUGUCGAAUAUUUUGUAUGAUUGUAUUAAAUGGAUAAAUUAAAAAGAAAUCAUAUAAUUUUAAAGUUAAA